GUAAUUUAUUGUUCUAUUCUAAUUGAGCCAUCGACUCACGCUUUCUCGUAUCUUUCCUAUCCCAGAUUCUUAUAUGGUGCUGUCCAUAAUAUUCCAACACACAACAUACUUUCAAGCUGAACGUAAACUUAUCGAAGGCUCAAGAUGUCAUCGGAUGAAAUGUUCUCGUUUCCAGUUACUAUACUUGAUGGUCCCGAUGGUGAGGAAAAUUUCGAGAUGGCGCGUGCUCGUAUUUGGCAGCUAAGUUGCAAGUCUGGUUGGAAUUUCGAUCGACUUGUUGCUGAUUUAACUCUAUCUAGUCAGUGUGAGCUAACUUUUGAGAUGAUUCAUAUGCUGUCGUAUGUUAAAAAAGGUUAGAUUAUUCUGAUUUUUCCAUUCCUUCAAUCAGUUGCUCCGCCUGGAACGCUGAGUGUUUUUCCGUCACCACUUCAAAGUGCCGAGUCAUGGAUCAGGGACAGGUGGAUUUUUCGAGAGGUAUAUUUGAUAGCUAACUCAAUUGUUCUCAGAACAACUCAGCUAAAUCCAUGGAACAUACUUUACCACUUAAAAAGGGAUUAAGAACCGCUGAUCCUGUAUCUCCCUCAAACCGCGCCUUUAAUGAUGAAGAACUAAAGAAUAGGAAAGUAAUGAAAGUUGACCAGGAUUCGGCUACGACAGUGUCGGUACCUACCGUACACAGAGCCAAUCGUUCACUCCCUGGAUUUCAAACUAUUUUACAAUGUGGGAAGACACUUGACGAUGAUACUUUAUUGGAAAAAACUAACACAGAAACGUCUUAUGAGUAUCCUAGCUUAUCGCUAAUUCAUACGUCGAAUUCACAGCAAGAAACCUUGCAUUAUCCGUCUGACUCACCUCCGUAUAUGCUUGUCCAGAGAUCAAGAGAAUCACUGGAGAAGGAUUAUAAGUCGUCUUCAAAACAGAUUUCUACUAGAGGUCCUCUUAAAAGUGAUAGUGGCUCCAAACGAAAUAAUAGUGGACAUUUUCUUAUGGAUAGUGAAAAAAACCGAAACCUGAUAAACUCAGAAAACACCGAUAUCGGUCAGUCGAAAUCAAAUAUGCUGAAUAUAUUUUAUGAUCCGUUGGGAUUAGAAACAACUAAUUGUAAUGACAGUGGUUAUCCGGUAGUUGACAGUAUUAAAAAAGUGUCUAAUCCUUCACAUAGUUUUCAUCCAGCUGAUGGCAAACAUAAUCUACUUGAAUCCAAAGACAAUGCUUUAAAUGUUAUUAGCACAAAAAUGAAUGUUUGUAUGGAUGAUACGUUUUUAUUGGAAUUUUUGGACAGAAAUUUGGCUGGAACUGGUUCCAAAACUAAUGUCGAUUUCGCCGAACGAUGUGGUUUAAAUUCUCCAACAGCUUUUGUCGAAGAUAUGAUUAAAAAAGCACAGAAAACUUUAAAUCAUCAGUAUAAAUGCUAAUAGUUUUUUGAUUAACUUUCCAUUCCGUUUUUUCUGUAUUAAUCUCAACUGCAUUUGUAUAUCAUAGAACAAUUCGGCGUUUUACUGGGGGUGUUACGAAUUCUGGUUUGUCUUAGUUGUAAUCUUCUAGCAUAUCUAUAUCUACCUUUAAAUUUUCCUUAAGUCACUAUGGUAAUUCGAGUUUCGACAUCCAUUUUGAUAACUUUCUAUAUUGUAAUGAGAGGUUAAAUGUUAUUAGAACCAUGUGAUACACAAAUAGGAUUAAUCUAAUCAUAUAAAUUAACAGGUUAAUAAAUUUAUGUGCUGGUGUACUAAUGUUGGGUUUAAUUACUCUUAUGGCAACCUAAUUUGGUUCAAACUCCAAUCUGAUAACUCAUAAAGAUACUCGUGAUAUAUGACCACGAUAUAUCAUUAGUUCAUUACCAAAAAGCACUUAAUAAGUAUAUGAACUUUAGUAACCACCAUAUGAGACUUCUUGCAAACUUUCCAUUUAGCCAUUUGGAUAGUUUCGCUCUCAACGACUUAUGCUUUCCAGUAGCUUUAAUGCUUACUUAUAAUUACACUGUUUUCGUUCCAAUUUAUGUUUGAUUGAAGAUAUGAUGGAAACCAGUCUGUAAAUCAGUGAAGUCUGGUUUGCCACUCACUGUUUUGUGAAAAAAAUGGUUAAUUCAUAGUAAAGAACGACUGAGUUCAUUGCUGCAUCGCUCUGAUUGUUG